AUGGCACCCAGCCACGUUCAAAUCGCGACAUCCGCCCUGCAACGCCUGCUCAAAGAGGAGGUCUCGUACUUCAAGGAGCAAGAACAGCAGGAGGCGCGAAUCGCGAAGUUGGAGAAAGAAGGGCCCAGCGCUGGUGACAGUGAUGGAAACGCAGAGUUUUUGUUGAAGCAGGAGCGAAAAGCGCUCGAGGAGACAAAAGCUGUGAUUCCAACACUCCGCGAACGAAUCACUAGCGCACGAGAGAAAUUGGAGAGCCUACUGGACACGGCGGCUACGGAUGAAGAGCGCAAUACCGCAGUUGAGGUGUUGAAGUCAGCAAAGGAGGCGCAAAAAGACGAUCCGAUUGCUGGUCAAGCACAACAGAAGUAG